UAAAAAGCCCCAAAAUAAAUAAUGAAAAAUAUAAAAAUUUGCAGCAGUGAGUCUGAAGUUUGCCCAUGCCAGGCAAGCACUACCACAGAACCCAGCCCAGCCCACUCUAUGGUCUUCUAUGCCUAAAUUCUCCUCACUGCAGCCACUGAGACUGAAUCUUCUCCUUUGAAGCCCUCCUGGUUUCCCCCGGUGUCAUUUCCCCCAGUCUCCUUUGUUGCCUGAGUUCCAAUUCUGGCACCCUGGUUCCUGGCCCUGUCAGAGUUCUGGUUCUGGAAUGUUUUUCCCAGGUGCCUUGGGCCUAGCUCCCACCUGGGCACAAGGCAGCACUGAAGAUAUGGGCAAGACCAUUCCCCGGUGCCUGGAGCAACUGGACAUCUGCAAAAGCAUAGUGGGCUUGGCUACAGGCGCCGGGGCCAUCUACCUGCUGUACAAGGCCAUCAGGGCCAGCAUAAAAUGUCAACCGCCCCUCUGCUCUAACUCGCCCAUCUGCAUAGCCCGCCUGGCCAUCGAGAGAGAGCGCCAUGGGCGGGACUCGGGUGAGAUUCGGAGACUCCUCAACUCCCUGGAGUGCAAGCAGGAUGAGUAUGCUAAGAGCAUGGUCCUGCACAGCAUCACCCGCUGCGUGUACUUGCUGGAGGCUGAGGCCUCUGCAUGUACCACUGAUGACAUUGGCUUGGUAGCUGAAAUGUUGGGUGACAAUGACAGCAGUGUCAAAAUCCAAGCUCUGAAUGCACUUAAAGCUUUCUCUGGCAUCAGGAAAUUCAGGCUCAAAAUCCAGGAACAUUCCAUCAAGGUCCUGGAACUGAUCUCUACCAUCUGGGACACAGAGCUGCACGUUGCUGGCCUUAGACUCCUCAACAACCUCCCACUUCCUGAUUAUGUGCACCCCCAGCUGCGGCGAGUAAUGCCUGCCUUGUUGGAGAUCAUGCAGUCAGACUACAUCCUGGCUCAGGUCCAAGCUUUGCGUCUGCUGAGUUACCUGGCACAGAAGAAUGACCUUCUCUAUGACAUUUUCAACUGCCAGACCUCCCAGCCAGGGAGUCUGUUGUUCGAGGUCCUGGUGUUUGCAGAGCGGCUGAGUGAGGGCCGGAAUGCAUCCCACUACGGAGCUGUGAAAUGGCAUUACAAUGAACAGUCCUUGCAUGAAGCCCUCUUUGGGGAUGAGUCCAGACUGGCUGACCGGCUGCUGUCCCUGGUCAUUCACCCCGAAGAGGAGGUCCAGAUCCAGGCCUGCAAGGUCAUCGUCAGCUUACAGUGCCCCCAGGACUUGGCAUCCCGACCCUCUGCCUGCCAUCCCAGUCAUUCCUACUUUAAAAGCGGGCAGUAAAGUUAAGGAGAGCCAAUAAAUGCAUAUGGGAGGGAAGCUUGA